GUGUGUCAACCAGCGCAGAUCACGUGAUUGAUGACGUAUGACGCGCCAAAUGCAUCACUCACCUGAACCAGGUUUCAGAUCUCAGGUGUGUUUGAUCAGAAGGGCGCGCUGUUGUCUAUAAAUACAGAUGAAUCCCAAACAACGUUUCCCGACCAGUUCUGUUGUUUCCCGUGUAUCGUAAGAAUCAACGUCAUGGCACCCGGUAAAAAACGUUCUGUGGCUUGGGAUCAUUUCAACUUGAUUUCUCCAAAUAAGGUGCAAUGUUUGAUUUGCAAACAUGAAUUUGCAUUUAAUGAUAGUACAUCCUCCAUGAUGCGACAUCUCCGCUCCGUUCAUCAUGUUGAAACUCCGCAGUCGGAAAAUCAAGCCUUCAAUCCACCUCAUAUUGUGUCAAGAAAGCAAGAACUUGAUUCUGCAUUGGUGGAUAUGAUUGUAAUGGAUGCACAACCAUUUUCAAUUGUUGAAGACAAAGGCUUCAAGGCUUUUGUCAACCUUUUGGACCCAUCCUACAUAAUUCCUAAUAGGAAGGCCUUGAGGACAAUGGUGGAGGAGAAGUACAAAGCCAAAAAGGAGAAGGCUUUAGAUGUGGUUAGCAGGGCCUCUGCUGUCAGCCUUACAGCAGACAUGUGGACAUCCAUUAACAUGGACGCUUACUUGGCUGUAACAUGCCAUUUUAUCACCGAGGAGGUGGAGCUGGCCUCUGUGGUCUUGGGGGUUCUGAAGUUUCCCCAAACCCACACUGCAGCUCACUUGGCUGAGGCCAAAAAUCUUCUCAUGGAAGAAUGGGGAAUUAAAGGGAAGGUGACAGGCCUGGUUACAGACUGUGCUCCCAACAUGGUUGCAUGUGCUAAUAUAUUACUGCUUCGGCACAUAAUGUGUUUUGCACAUAUGCUUAAUUUGGUGGUGAAAAAGUCCCUUGCCCAAACCCCUGAACUAGAGGAUAUCCGAAGUAAGGGGCGUAGGAUUGUCGGUCUUUUUAAAUCCAGCACCACAGCGAAGGAGAAGCUGUCAGAGAUGCAGCGACAGCUGGCCAGGCCAGAGCACAAAUUAAUACAAGAGGUGGAAACAAGAUGGAGCAGCACAUUUAAUAUGUUGGAAAGGUUGUUUAAGGAGAGAGAGCCACUGGGGGCAGCUCUGGCCACCCUCCAUACGGACCUUCCUCCACUCACCUCAGAGGACUACCAGGCCAUACACCACUGCUUGAGCAUUCUUUCACCGUUUCAAGAGGCCACAGUUGAGCUUUCGACAGAAAAACGAGUGUCAGCAUCCAAAGUCAUUCCCAUGGUUAAAAUGCUGAAACAUUACAUCUCAAGCAGGUGUGGUCAGAUCACACACCCACUUGGUGAAAAACUGGCCACUAACUUGAAGAACAAUCUCCAUGAGAGGUUUUCAGCUCUGGAGAAGGUCACUGCUCUGUCAAUGGCAACCUUGAUGGACCCAAGGCUUAAAGAGCUGGGGUUCUGCAGCCAAGGCUCUGCCCACACGGCCAUAGAGCGACUCACUAAAGAGUGUGCUGCAACAAUGCAGGCGCUACUUCCAGAGGCACAGCCACAGUCGCCACCUAGAGAAGGUCCUUCAAGUCAGCAGGAAGAUGGUGGUCUCUGGGCCCUGCUGGACAGGCAUGUGGGGGUUCAACAGCAGGGGACCAGCACAACUGCCAGUGCAACAGUGGAGGUUCAGAGGUACUUAAAGGAACCUCACAUCCCAAGGACUCAGGACCCACUGAGAUACUGGGUUACCCACAAGGUUUUAUACCCACAUCUCUACAAGCUGGCAAUGAAGUUUUUAUGCACACCAGCUUCAUCUGUGCCUUGUGAGAGGAUCUUCUCCAAGGCUGGCGAAAUCGUCAGCCAAAGACGAAACAGGCUGAAGCCCAGCACAGUGGAGAAAAUUCUGUUUUUAAAUAAAAAUCUAUAACAUGUAUCCCACCCAGUCAUGUUAGACCCUGGUUCACAAUCACUCAUUCUCACUUUAUACAUGGCAUUCACAAUGUAACACAAGCACUUCCUCACAAAUCUUCAAACAUUGUCUUUGUUUUAUUUCCACACUGAAGUGUUACAAGGGCAAGGAACUUAGUGGAGUAGAUGAUAUAUGUCCUGUCUGCCACCAGAUGCCGCUGUUCUGUGUGGUUUCGAAGCCCCAAAUGCUUCAUUCAUUUUUCUGGCACAUUUACACGAAGCCCCAUGAGAGCUUCAUGGGGCUUCGAUUCCCAUCCCUAG